AUGAGUCGAUGGCGUCGUUCAGUGGAUGAGCUGGCAGCGGGGCGGAGACAGCUGUUGGAGUGUGAGCGCGCUCAGGGCGCUCUAAGUCGAGUCACUUCCUGUUUCCAACAGUUGGUGGCGUCGCUCGGAAGCUCGGCUGACGGCAGCUUCCUGCGAGAAGAACUGGACGAGACGAGAGCUCUGGCUCACAGGAUAUGCACCGGUCUGUCUCGCCGCCUGCUAUCCCUGCUGUCAGACUGUAACUCCGCCCACUCAGGUGUAGAGGACAGACAGGUUGCAGAGCGUCUCUGGGUCCUCUUCUUGUCGGCGGUGGAGUACUUCCUGUCUGACCUCAGAAAGGCCAACGAUCUGAUUAGACAGUUUCCUCUAACUCAGCGUUCAAACAGGCGUUCUCUGGUCAACACAGGAUGUAUCGAUGGUCUGAUGGGCAUUGCAGCUCGGGUGGUUCUGGUCCAGGUGCCUUGGCUCACAUUGGAGGAGGGUCCAAGUGCUGAUCUGGCCAAUCACAUUGCAGUACUAGAGGCCAUGCUGGGUGAGAUGCAGCUGAAGGUUCCUGUGGCAUUCUGGUCAGUGGAGGCGACCCAGCCGGCGUGGACCGAGGCUCACAGUGAGCUCCAUGAUCCAGAUGAUAGCCUUGAGGACUUGAUGGAGGUGGUCUCCAACGACAACACGUCUGCCUGCUGCGGACUCACCUGCGUCGGAUAG